AUGGAGCCCCGGCGGGCACCGCGCCUGCGCCGCAGGCUGGCCCCGCCCCCUCCGCCGCGGUUCGGCCAAUGGGAGCGGGGCCGUGUUGUGGUCACGUGCGGCCGCCGGUGUAGUGGCGGCGGCUCCGCCCCCUCCCGGCGGGGCGGGCGGGUUUUAUCGCGCCGUUUGUCGCGCCCGCCCGCGCCGCGGGCCGCGCCGCCGCUCCGGCACCGCCAAGGGCUCGUCCUCGGCCCCCCCCGCGCCGUGGGUAAAACCUCCCUGGCCCACCAGUUCGUGGAGGGGAAGUUCGUGGAGUGCUAUGAGCCCACGGUGGAGAGCACCUACAACAAGGUGGUGGUGAGGGGCUGUUGCCCCCCCGCCCCCCCAGCCUCCCCUGCCACCACCCAGGAUGAAUACACCAUCCUGCCCCACUCCUUCAUCAUCGGCCUCCACGGCCACAUCCUGGUGUACUCGGUGACCUCCCUGCGGAGCUUCCAGGAGGUGAAGACCCUCCACGACAAGCUGUACGAAGACUCAGUAGGUGCUGUCCCUCGUGGGGGCCAGGGGGGCCCCCAUGCCCGCAGCAUGCCCGUGGUGCUGGUGAGGAACAAGGCAGACCUGGCCCUGCAGAGCCGGGAAGUGAGGACAGAUGAAGGGAAGAAGUUGGUGGAGUCGUGGGGGGCCUUUUUCCUCGAGUCCUCGGCCAAGGAGAGCCAGGUGACCCAGGGGAUCUUCAUGAAGAUCAUCGAGGAGAUCGACCGGGUGGACACUUCCUACGGCAGAUCCACCGGCUGCUGCCUGAUGUGACACCCCCAGGAUGGGGCACGACCCCCUGGAUGGGGCAGGACCCCCCCCCGGACCUUCACCCAGACCUUGGUGGUGGCUUUGGGGGGGCCACACGGUCCCACUACGAUUUGGGACCCCUCACUUUGCACGGGCUGUGGAGCUCCCGGGGGGCUGGGAGCGGGGUGGGGGUCCUGUCCCAGCCAGGAGCCCCCCGGCCCGUCGCUGCUGUCCCCCCCCACGCCCAAGGACACGUCGGGGCUGCUCCUGCCCCGGGAGCCAGGGCUGAAUGCGGGUGUUGUUCCCGGCCGUGCCGGACCCGUGGGAGUCAGGGCUGGAACAAUUAAACGUUGUUUUGUCUGUGAA